CAGAAGCCACCAGGGCCACAUACUAAGGCGAACGCAUGGAGUACCAAGACGGGGGAAUCGAGUGGGAGCGGGAGGAAAAGAAGACGCCGCAUGGUCACCGCCUCACCGCCUCACCGGAGACGGAGAGCAAUCCCGCCCGUCGACAAUUCCGCCUACCACCCACCUUGUGAUUUUUUCCAUCAAGAGCCACCAACCGCCACACGAUUGCAUCCAUUUCAUUUCCCUUUUUGUACGCAGCCAUCAACUGUCGAGCAGCGUUGCCUCCACGCCCAGCCUGCGGUCAAAAACCAAGACCCGCCGUGUCACUCGCUCAAAAGCUUCCUCGACCAUUUAUCCCAACUCCCAACUCCCAACUCCCAAGCAAGUAGUACUCUACCACGAGCGUCAUCCAUCCGAUCCGAGACUCCUAGCCCGACCGUGCACCAACCAGAUGGCGACCCCGACCGUGGUGCUGCUGCCGGUCUGGGCCGCCGGCCACCUCAUGUCCAUGCUCGACGCCGGCAAGCGGCUGCUGGCCCGCAGCGGCGGCGCGCUGUCGCUCACGGUGCUCGUCAUGCAGCCGCCGGGGGAGAGCCACAGGUCCGAGGUCGCCGCGCACAUACGGAGGGAGGAGGCGUCCGGCCUGGACAUCCGCUUCCACCACCUCCCCGCCGUCGAGCCCCCGGCGGACUGCCUGGGCAUCGAGGAGUUCGUCUCCCGGUUCGUGCAGCUCCACGCGGCCCACGUGAGGGCGGCCGUCUCCGGCCUAGCGCGCCCCGUGGCCGCGCUCGUCCUCGACUUCUUCUGCACCACCAUGCUCGACGUGUCCCGGGAGCUCGCCGUCCCGGCCUACGUGUACGUCACCGCCGACGCCGCCUUCUGCGCGCUCCUCCUGCGCCUGCCGGCGCUCCACGAGGAGGUGGGCGUCGAGUUCGGGGAGAUAGGCAUGGUGGACGUGCCGGGCCUGCCGCCGGUGCCGCCGUCGUGCCUCCCGGUUCCGGUGAUGGACAAGAAGAACCCCAACUACACGUGGUUCGUGUACCACGGCAGGCGGUUCACGGAGGCCAAGGGCGUCAUCAUCAACACGGUCACCGAGCUGGAGCGGAGCGUCCUUGCAGCCAUCGGCGACGGCCGGUGCACGCCCGGAGUUCCCGCCCCGGCGGUCUACCCAGUAGGGCCCGUGCUCUCCGUGACCCCGCCAGCGGAGCGGCCGCACGAGUGCGUGCGGUGGCUGGACGCGCAGCCUCCGGCGUCCGUGGUGCUCCUCUGCUUCGGCAGCAUGGGGUUCUCCACGGCGGCUCAGGCGCACGAGAUAGCCCACGGGCUGGAGCGCAGCGGCCACCGCUUCCUGUGGGUGCUGCGCGGCCCGCCGGCAGCCGGCGCGCGAGAGCCCUCGGACGCGGACCUCGGGGAGCUGCUCCCGGAGGGGUUCCUGGGGAGGACGAAGGAGCAGGGCCUGGUGUGGCCGGCGAAGGCCCCGCAGAAGGAGAUCCUGGCGCACGCCGCCGUGGGGGGCUUCGUGACGCACGGCGGGUGGAACUCGAUCCUGGAGAGCCUGUGGUUCGGCGUGCCGAUGGCGCCGUGGCCGCUGUACGCGGAGCAGCACCUGAACGCGUUCACGCUGGUGGCCUGCAUGGGCGUGGCCGUGGCCAUGGAGGUGGACCGGGAGAGGAACAACUUCGUCGCCGCGGCGGAGCUGGAGCGGGCCGUGAAGGCGCUCAUGGAGCGCGACUCCGAGGAGGGGAGGAGGGCGAGGGAGAAGGCCGCGGAGAUGAAGGCCGCGUGCCGGAAGGCCGUCGAGGAGGGCGGGUCCUCCUACUCUGCGCUCGGGAGGCUCUCUGAGGAGAUAAUCAAAGGCGCCGAUAAGUGAUAAUUGACGAACAUCCGGAGAUGAACUUGGAGAGUGUGGGUGCUCUGUGGUUUCAGUUCUUGUUCUGCCUGCUGAUCAUUCCGAGUUGUGUGCCGGGCUUCGCGAGCAAUCCCCCUCCGGUAGAGAGCCUUAAUAAAACCACAUGCUCCUCGUUUGGUCUCACAACAUCUCCAAUGCCGACCCCUAAAACGGACGAGUGAAUUGUAGAAAACCAUCACAUUAAAACCUAAGUUUACAGUAAACACUCUUCUAUGAAUUUCUGUAAAGCACUGAUUUUGAGCUUAAUCUUUUGUAGAAAA